AUGGCCUCGUCUGCGCCAAUUCAGAGGAUACAGGCGCCGCUGCGCCUCUGUGUCGCGCGCGUCGGUAUUCUAUCAUUCCGUGGCUAUGCAACUAUCCCAUCCGUGUCCGAUGUCCAGCAGCAGCAGCCAUCACCACCGGCCGAGGCAGCUUCACCUUCAGCGACGUCUACAAGCACUGAUGCCGCCUCCUCCUCGACCCCAAAGACACGUCCGACUUACUUUAAGGACAAGGUCAUUGCUCCCUUCUCCGACUUCCUCCCCUCCUCCAUCAGCGAAGCCGCCGCUACCUACACCCCGCGCACGGCAACCGUCGGCCCGGAAGGGCGCAAGCGCACCAUCACCCGUCUUCCCGACUGGCUGAAGACACCAAUCCCAUCCGCCGGCACCAACCCGUCUUUCGCUAAGAUCAAGUCCGACCUGCGCGGCCUGAACCUGCACACUGUCUGCGAGGAGGCCCGCUGCCCCAACAUUGGUGAGUGCUGGGGCGGCAGCAAAGACGGCCGCGCCGCCGCUACGGCAACCAUCAUGCUCAUGGGCGACACCUGCACCCGUGGCUGUCGCUUUUGCAGCGUCAAGACCAGCCGCAGGCCACCGCCGCUUGACCCCAAUGAGCCGGAGAACACUGCCGAAGCCCUCGCCCGCUGGGGCCUGGGAUACGUCGUGCUCACCAGCGUCGACCGCGAUGAUCUUGCGGAUGGCGGCGCACAUCACUUUGCCGAGACAAUUCGCCGGAUCAAAGCGAAGAAGCCCGGCAUGCUGGUUGAAGCGCUGACAGGCGAUUUCGCUGGUAACCUGGACAUGGUCAGGAUCGUGGCGGAGAGUGGGCUAGAUGUAUAUGCGCACAAUGUAGAGACAGUCGAGGGUUUGACACCGUAUGUGCGGGACCGGCGGGCAACGUUCCGGCAGAGUCUGAAGGUUCUGGAGCAUGCCAAGGCCGUUCGGGGGAAGGGCAGUCUCAUUACCAAGACGAGCCUCAUGCUUGGGUUGGGUGAGACGGAGGAAGAGAUAUGGGAGACGCUGCGCGAGCUGAGAAAGAUCGAUGUUGAUGUCGUUACUUUCGGCCAGUACAUGCAGCCGACCAAGAGGCAUCUCAAGGUCGAGCGCUACGUGACGCCGGCCGAGUUCGAGCUCUGGCGCCAACGUGCUCUCGACAUGGGUUUCCUGUACUGCGCUAGCGGACCCCUGGUCCGGUCGUCUUACAAGGCGGGCGAGGCGUUUAUCGAGAACGUGUUGCGCAGGCGGGCCGCGGAAAAGGCCGUCCCUCCUGAGACCCUUAGCCAGGCCGUUGCGGUCGAGGAUGCGAGCAAGUCUGCUUGA